CGGGGCUCCGGAGCGGUGUCGGGGGGGGGGGGCUCGGGGGGGGCCAUGCGGGCGGCGUGAACGGGGCCGGGCGCCAUGGCCGGGGCGGCGGGGAGCGGCGGGGAGCGGCUGCGGGCGGUGCGCACCGACAGCGGGGGGGGCCCCGGCGGGACCCCCGCUCCCCGCCGCCGGGGGCUGCUGGCGGCUCCGAGCCUCGGGGCCGCCCCCGCUGCUGCUUCUGCUGCCUCCCCCGCUGCUGCUUCUGCUGCUGCCGGUGCCCCCCACCCCGCCGGGCCCCCCCGGUGCCGGCGGAGGCUGCAGAAUUGCCUUUACAACGUGCUGGAGCGGCCCCGCGGGGGGGCUUUCGUGUACCACGCCUUUAUCUUCCUCCUCGUCUUCAGCUGCCUGGUGCUCUCCGUCUUCUCCACCAUCCAGGAGCACCAGAAGCUGGCCAACGAGUGCCUCUUCAUCCUGGAGUUUGUCAUGAUCGUGGUGUUCGGCAUGGAGUACAUCGUCCGCGUCUGGGCCGCCGGCUGCUGCUGCCGCUACCGGGGCUGGCGGGGGAGGCUCCGCUUUGCCCGGAAACCCUUCUGCGUGAUAGAUUUCAUCGUCUUCAUCGCCUCGGUGGCCGUCAUCGCGGCGGGCACGCAGGGCAACAUCUUCGCCACCUCAGCGCUGCGCAGCAUGCGCUUCCUGCAGAUCCUGCGCAUGGUGCGCAUGGACCGCCGUGGCGGCACCUGGAAGCUGCUGGGCUCCGUCGUCUACGCCCACAGCAAGGAGCUGAUCACCGCCUGGUACAUCGGCUUCCUGGUGCUCAUCUUCGCCUCCUUCCUCGUCUACCUGGCGGAGAAGGACGCCAACGCGCAGUUCGCCACCUACGCCGACUCCCUCUGGUGGGGCACGGGCCCCCCGUUGUCUGUCCCCGCGCAGGUGACCCUCACCACCAUCGGCUACGGGGACAAGACGCCGCAGACGUGGCUGGGGAGGAUGCUGGCGGCCGGCUUCGCCCUGCUGGGCAUCUCCUUCUUUGCUCUGCCCGCCGGGAUCCUGGGCUCCGGCUUUGCGCUCAAGGUGCAGGAGCAGCACCGGCAGAAGCACUUUGAGAAGAGGAGGACGCCUGCGGCCAACCUCAUCCAGGCUGCGUGGCGGCUCUACUCGACGGACGCCAGCCGCGCGUACCUGGCGGCCACCUGGUGCUACUACGACAGCCUCCUGCCCUCCUUCAGAGAGCUGCUCCUUAUGUUUGAGCACUUGCACCGAGCCCGCAACGGAGGAUUUAGGAAUUCAGAGGUGAGAAAAUGGCCUGACGGAGCCCCACCGCCGCCUUAUCACUCCUUCACCUCUGCCCAGAAAAGCGCCAUCCCCGCGACUUGCUCGGGGGAAAGCUGGCAGGAGGAGGACGCGCGGCCCCACAAGUGCUUGAGCCUCAGCACCAAGAUGGGCAUCAGGGACCGCAUCCGCCUGGGCCCCCCCGGCGGCCGGGGGCGACAGCACCUGGGGCCCCCCCUGCAGCGCUCCCCCAGCCCCGAGGACCCCCCCGAGGCCUCGAGCCCCAGCAAGGUGCACAAGAGCUGGAGCUUCAACGACCGCACGCGCUUCCGAGCCUCCCUGCGGCUCAAGCCGCGGCCCCCGGUUGAGGCCGACUGCCCCCCGGAGGACAGCGGCGAGGAGAAGAGCCCCCCCUGCGAGCUGGCCUUCGAGGACAUCCUGCCGGCGGUGAAGACCCUCAUCAGGGCUGUGCGGAUCCUGAAGUUCCUGGUGGCCAAGAGGAAAUUCAAGGAGACCCUGCGGCCCUACGACGUGAAGGAUGUCAUCGAGCAGUACUCAGCCGGGCACCUGGACAUGCUGGGCAGGAUCAAGAGCCUGCAGACGCGCGUGGACCAGAUCGUGGGCAGGGGGGGCCCCGCUGCGGACAAGAAGACGCGGGAGAAAGGGGAGAAAGCGGCGCCCGAGCCGGAGCUGGUGGAUGAGUUGAGCAUGAUGGGGCGCGUGGCCAAGGUGGAGAGGCAGGUGCAGUCGAUCGAGCACAAGCUGGACGUGCUGCUCGGCCUCUACUCGCAGUGCCUGCGCAAGGGCUGCACCAACUCCUUCAGCCUGGGGGCCGUGCGGGUGCCCCCCGGCGAGCCCGAAAGCACCUCCGACUACCACAGCCCCGUGGAGCACGAGGACAUCUCGGCCUCCGCCCAGACCCUCAGCAGCUCCCGCUCGGCCAGCGCCAACAUGGACUGAGGGCAGCGGGGACGGACCCCGACAGCCCACGGGGGGGGCGCAGGGUAGGGUAUAAGGGGUGCUGGAGCCCCCCCGGCAUCGCCCAGCCCCAUGGGGCCGUGUCCGGCACCGCGGUGCUUGGGAUUUACGGUGCGCAAGGGCGCACGGUGGGAGAAGGAUGGGGUGCAGGCAGGAUCUGACGGUGCUGCGGGGGGUAGGAGGAGCCCCCCAGGGGGGUGUGGAAGCCCCCAGAGCCAGGGCAAGUGUUCGUGCCCCCCCCCCCCCCAAGUAGGGUCCUGCCCCGGUGCCACCCGCUCGCCCCCAGGGCCACCAAAAGCUAUGCAAGGCUCCAGCCCCUCGCUGCGGUGUGGGGCAGGGGGGCAGGGGGCUGACCCUGACCCCCCCCCGUGCAUGCUCCCAGGGCAACACGUAGGUAGGAGAUCUCCAUAUUUAUAUUUAUUUAUAUUCUAUAUGCAAUAACGUCUGAAUAUGCAACGCCCCCCCCCGGGGACAGCAACCCCGGGGGGGCCAUGGUAGGCAAUAAGCAACCCCCCCCCCCCGACAGCGCACAGGGCUGGAUCCUGCUCCCCAAGGGGGGGUCCUGAGGACUCAGGGCUGGGUGGCAAACCUUUUUUUUUGGGGGGGGGGGGGGGGGUGUCCCUGUGUCAUUCCCCCCCCCACUUUGCACGCUGCUUGGUUUCCAGCCCCGCAGGGCUGGGGGUGACCGUGGUAGUGCCAAAAUUUGCAGAGCCGGGGCUGGUGCCCCCGGUGCUCCCCGUGGCGGGGAGGGGGGGCUUUUGGGACCUCAGGCUGUGGGAUUUCCACCCCCUCCCCAGCCCCCCCGGGAUGCUUCUGCUCCCAGUAAAAUGGGGGGGGGGGACACUGGGGUUGCCCCGAGCUUGCUCGUUAGCCUCAUUAGUGCAUGUGGCCAGCAAGGGCCGAGCUUGCAGCCCCCCCGUGCUGCUGCUGCUGCACCCCCCCUCUCCCUUUCCGCCCACCCAUGGGUGCCUGGUGGGCAGGGGGGGGCUGUGGGUGUCCCCUGGGGCGAGGGCGCAUGCGACAGCUUCGCCCCCAGCCACGCUCAGCAGCCACCCCAUGUAGGACCCCCCCCCCCCCCAGGAGCUGGCUGGUUCCCGCAGACCUCCCCAGCCGGCGGUAGUUACCUCACUUUAUUAACUUAUUA